GCGGGUUGUUGUCGUCACUGCUGCGACACGUGCCCCGCGCUCGUUAGCUGUUAGCUCCGUUAGAAGCUCCUCGGACUUCCACGCUAUUGUAUUCCGCUGAAGCCGCUCUCUCCCGGUCACACUCAGCAUGGCCGCCGCGGGGACCCAGAGGAAGCGCCUCCUGAAGGACGAGGACAUGACCAAAGUGGAGUUUGAGACGAGCGAAGAGGUGGACGUGACCCCCACCUUCGACACCAUGGGCCUGAGAGAGGACCUGCUGCGCGGCAUCUACGCCUACGGUUUUGAGAAGCCGUCUGCGAUCCAACAGAGAGCCAUCAAACAGAUCAUUAAAGGCCGAGACGUCAUCGCUCAGUCUCAGUCUGGAACUGGAAAAACUGCCACCUUCUGUAUCUCCGUCCUCCAGUGUCUUGACAUCCAGGUGAGGGAGACUCAGGCUCUGAUCAUGGGUCCUACUCGGGAGCUGGCUGGGCAGAUUCAGAAGGUUCUGUUGGCUCUGGGCGACUACAUGAACGUGCAGUGCCACGCCUGCAUCGGGGGCACCAAUGUGGGCGAGGACAUUCGCAAACUGGACUACGGCCAGCACGUGGUCGCCGGCACGCCCGGGAGAGUGUUCGACAUGAUCCGGCGCCGCAGCCUCAGGACCAGAGCCAUAAAGAUGUUGGUCCUGGACGAAGCCGAUGAGAUGCUCAACAAAGGCUUUAAAGAGCAGAUCUAUGAUGUGUACCGGUACCUUCCUCCUGCGACUCAGGUGGUUCUGAUCAGCGCCACUCUGCCCCACGAGAUCCUGGAGAUGACCAACAAGUUUAUGACCGACCCCAUCCGCAUCCUGGUCAAACGUGAUGAGUUGACUCUGGAGGGCAUUAAGCAGUUCUUCGUGGCCGUGGAGAGAGAGGAGUGGAAGUUUGACACUCUGUGUGACCUGUACGACACACUGACCAUCACACAGGCCGUCAUCUUCUGCAACACCAAGAGAAAGGUGGACUGGCUGACAGAGAAGAUGCGUGAGGCGAACUUCACAGUGUCGUCAAUGCACGGAGACAUGCCCCAGAAGGAGAGAGAGUCCAUCAUGAAGGAGUUCAGAUCUGGAGCCAGUCGAGUUCUGAUCUCCACAGAUGUUUGGGCUCGAGGUCUCGACGUUCCUCAAGUUUCACUGAUCAUAAACUAUGACCUCCCGAACAACAGAGAGCUGUACAUACACAGGAUUGGUCGGUCUGGGCGAUACGGCAGAAAAGGUGUGGCCAUAAACUUUGUCAAAAAUGACGACAUCAGAAUCCUGAGAGACAUCGAGCAGUACUACAGUACUCAGAUCGACGAGAUGCCCAUGAACGUGGCUGACCUGAUCUAACCUCAGUGGGCGGAGUCUGUGCGGUGUCACCUCUCUGUGGGCGGAGUCUGUGCGGCAUCACCUCUCUGUGGGCGGAGUCAUUGUGGAAUUAUAUUUUUCAAUGUGUUUGUUUUUAUUUCUUUUAGACUUUUAUUUGAACAGAAGUGUUUUUGUAAAUAAAGCCUCAGUUUGAAGCA